AGUAGUUCUGCUGAAGGCUGCUUCAUUUCACUCAUAAAACAAUCAUCAGAUGUAAUGUGGGAUGAAGAUGGUGACAGUCAGUAUUUUACUGACUGUUUUCUUUGUUUCAGGUGCUUUGGCUGAUUAUGCUGACUGGAUAAAACUCUACAUGACUGCCCCAAAGCAGCUGGAAGCACUGAGUGGAUCUUGUUUGCAUAUUCAAUGUAACUUCAGACCCAAAGAUGAACAGAAAUUUAGCAGAAAAAGAAAAAUCUUUGGAGUGUGGAUUAAAAAUAAUGGUGACUUUGGCAAAUAUCCAAACAAUGUGAUCUUCAACAGUAGUGGAGCAGUUAGCAUCUAUCCAAUGAGUAUUACUGGGAACCUGAGUCAGAGAGACUGCACCACUCUGUUUACUAAUUUAACCACAAAGUACACAGACACAUACUUCUUCAGAGUAGAGAGUGAAACAUUCAAGGCGACAGCUCAACAUGAUCCUCUUCAAAUAACAGUCAGAGAUUCUCCUUGGAGGCCCAAUAUUACAAUCCCAGGUGAUCUGAAGGAGAAGGAGUCUGUCACUAUAACCUGCUCAGCUCUCACUCCCUGUCCACACUCCCCUCCUCAACUCACCUGGAAUCUCCAACAAGACUCUCACAACAAAAUAGAGAAAAACACAGAUGGAAGCUUUACAACUAAAAUCCAGCAGACCAUCACUCUGUCAGACACACAUGAUGGAAAGAAGAUCAGCUGCUCUGCCAGAUAUCCUGUGAACCAAGGAAAACACACCAAGACAGCAGAGACAGAAGAGACUCUCAGUGUUUUAUAUACACCCCAAAACACCUCAGCAUCCAUCAGUCCAUCAGGUUUGGUGUCAGCAGGCAGCUGGGUGAAGCUGACCUGCUCCAGCAGAGCCAAACCUCCAGUCAGCAACUUCACCUGGUUCAAGAAGAGCAGAGAUGGAGCUGUGAAAGUAUCUGAAGGAGAGAUUUACAGCUUCAAUAUAACAGAUGGAGGAGUUUAUUACUGUGUGGCCACUAAUGAUCUGGGUAAUCAGGCAUCAGCAGAGCUUAACGUGACUGUUACAGGAGAGCAAAAUGGUAGCUCCUUCCCAACAUGGCUACUUCUUGGAGGAAUCCUUGGAUUCAUCUUACUCAUCUGCUUUCCUAUCUUUGUUUGGAACCUCAGAAAAGUAAGUGAAGAGCCAGCGAGUAAAUCAGAAGGAGACGAAGAAAACAUCCAUUAUGGAGAGAUCAACUUCUCUGUGCUGAGAUAUGAAGCAUCAACUGACUCAGUGCAGUACAGAGGACAGCAGCAGGAUAUGGUGUACGCACAGGUGAAAGUCAAAAAGCCAGAAAACACAGAGCGCGCUCACGGCCAAGAGGAACUCUACGCUCAGGUGAACAAAAAAGUAACAUUACAUUAACAAAGUGUAUUAAAGAAACACACACACCGAACCUGCACAUAAAAAUGUCAUUUUUAUGGUUUAGUGCUGUUUAGUUUACUUACUUAAAAUCACAUAUCACAUCCUGCAGCUUUUUAUGUUCAGCUUUAAUUUCACACGUCUGUUUUCAUUUGACUUUUUUGUUUAGGUUUGUCUUAAAUACGUGUAAAUAGAUGUUGCAGCACUCCAAUAAGGAACUACUUUACAUGACAGUUGAGACAUUUCUGCAGAUGACUAGAAACCUCUGCUGUAGCUUUUUAAAAUUAUUUUAGCUAUCAUCAUGCUCAUACAGUAUUUUCAUGUUGUGUGUGCUCUUGUAUGAUUUAUUAUUUACAUUGUAGACAUGUUGAAAGUAAAGUACAAAAGUUUGUCACAGGUAAUUUGUUUAAAUGACUGCAGGGAAACUCACAUCAAAACAUGU